AUGGAUGAUAUUCACAAAUAUGGCAUCUCAGUGAUACAGACACUCCAAGGACAUUUCAAGAAUGAGUCUUCUCAUAUGACAUUGAUCUCCCAUCUAAGUGAUCCAAAAAAUGCAUUCCUCAUAUAUUUUCCUGUGGCAUUCUGCCUUCAUCAAUCUGUUGGCAAACGGGUAUUGUUAGUUGCCGCUGUUGCCGAGUGGUUGAAUGCUGUGUUCAAGUGGAUUCUACAUGGUGAAAGACCAUAUUGGUGGGUUUAUGAAUCCGGAGUAUAUGAAUCGCCUCCAACAUUAGAUCAAUUUGAUAUCACCUGUGAAACGGGGCCAGGAAGUCCUUCUGGACAUUGUAUGGUGACCUCUUCUGUGAUCUACAUUCUAGUAUCAGAUUUUAUAUUUUAUAUGUUAUUUCUUAAGCUAAUUCAUUUCAGUGUAGUACUUCGUUGUAUAUUAUGGAUUGUUUACGGGUUAGUACUGGUGUUAGUAUGUUUAUCCAGAUGUUUUAUAGCUGCCCAUUUCCCUCAUCAGGUCAUUGCGGGAGUUAUUGUUGGCGUCGUUAUAGGUUAUAUCAUGAACAGAAUAUCAACUACAGAACUUCAACUGAAACAUUACCUGGUCUUAUCUCUUUUGAUGUUACUCGGAGGAUGGGGAACCUUUUCCAUCAUUCAAAAUCUUGGUCUUGAUCCUUUCUGGUCAAUAACAAAGGCCAAGAGAAGAUGUUUAAACCCAGAUUGGAUUCAUCUAGACUCGAGCCUGUUCUUUUCCAUCAUCAGAGACGCUACGUCUUUAAUAGGUCUGGGACUUGGUAUUACUUUUGCAAAGAAGAGCAAUUCUGCUUCUCUGGGUGUGCAAGCAAUACAACUCGCUACCUCACUUACAUUGGCAUUGGGAUCAGAAUGGAUAGAGCUACCGAAAGACCCUGUUAUGUUAUUCUACGGUCUUUCAAGUGUCAAAAUCAUUUGUAUAUUUUUUGUUAUUGUUUCAAUUAUUCCAAGAAUAUUUAUGAAUAAUAAUAAAAAGAUUAAAUAA